AAUCCACAUGCCUCCUCCCAAACUUGUGAAACUAUAUCAGGGCACAGGUGCAACUCCCCACUCACCCAAAAAACACACACAACACACACUAAACAAGGAUGAAAAAGAUCUGCUCUAUGCUGAGGAGAUGCAAGACCCUGUCCAGUCAAUUGGGUAGGACCUUAUCUUACAGCAGCUUGAGAUCCAAAUCUGUUAGGGACCAUUACUGUCAAGAGUCAUGGCGUGUUGAUGGCGAUGCUCAGAGCUGCGAGGAGACUUGCCAAACGAUUUUUGUAGGGAGUUCGAAGAGAAGAUACGUGAUUAGCUCCAGGUACUUGGAUCAUCCUUUGGUGAAUGCCCUCAUUGAGAAAUCCAGGGGGAAAACGGGUCAGGAUGGGGAUCCGGGUAUUUAUGUGAAAUGUGAGGUCGUACUAUUUGAUCAUCUUUUGUGGAUGCUUAAGACUACGGAUCCAAAUCUCAUCUCGGAUUCUUUUGAGGAGUUGGCGGAGCUCUAUGUGUUUUGAUACUUGAUAAUCAUAUGUAUAUAUACACCCUUAGACUUAAGGGUAAAUUACAUGUUGCUAUUUGAAUUAUAUUUGUUUUUGCAUUUUGACAUCUAA